GGGUGGCGGAGGCGGGGCCGGGAUCCAGGGGGGCCGGGCCGGGGGGUGGGGACACCCCGGCGAGUUCCCGGCGGUGUGUGGGGCUAGUUGUCCCGUCCCGUCCCGUCCCGUCCCGUGGUGCCGGUGCUCGCCAUGGGCUCGGCUCCGCCCGCCUUCAUCGGCGCCGAGGAGGUGGAGAAGCACCUGCCCCGCGCCAGCCUCCUGCUGCCGGCGCUGGAGGCCGCCCUGGGCAACUUCUCGUCGGGCCCCGCGGGAGGCGUCGUGCAGCCGCUGCGCACCGUGCUGGCCGUGCCCGGGCACGGCGGGUACCUCGGCGUCAUGCCCGCGUACAGCGCUGCCGAUGAUGCUCUGACAACCAAGCUGGUGACUUUCUAUGAGCACCUGAAGGAUUCUUCCACCCCUUCUCACCAAGCGACUGUCCUCUUAUUUGACCCUCGCAAUGGUUCUUUGAAAGCUGUCCUGGAUGGCAGUGUCAUCACAGCAAAGCGAACAGCUGCAGUUUCUGCCAUUGCUACCAAGUUGUUAAUGCCAGCUUUUGCAGAGGUGCUGUGCAUUUUGGGAGCUGGUGUUCAAGCAUACAGCCAUUAUGAAAUCCUCACAGAACUCUUCACAUUUAAAGAGGUCAGGAUAUGGAAUCGCAGCCAGGAGAAAGCGGAGAAGUUUGCCAGCUCUGUCCAUGGUCCCGUGCGGGUUUGCUCCUCUGCCCAGGAGGCCGUUGUUGGGGCUGAUGUGAUUGUAACAGUCACCAUGGCAGCAGAACCCAUCCUGUCUGGGGCCUGGGUAAAGCCAGGUGCCCACAUCAAUGCUGUUGGAGCAUGCAGACCAAACUGGAGAGAACUGGAUGACAAACUGAUGAAGAAUUGCUCUCUCUUUGUGGAUUCCAGGGAGGCAGCUUCUGAAGAAUCAGGAGAUGUUAUAUUAUCAGGGGCAGAGAUUUUUGCUGAGCUGGGAGAGGUAUUGAAGGGUACAAAACCAGCCCUGCCUGAGAAAACAACAGUGUUUAAAUCCUUGGGGCUGGCGGUUGAAGAUGCAGUAGCAGCAAAAUUUGUUUAUGAUGCGUGGUCAGCUGCAAACUAAAGGGAAGGGGAAGUCUACAAUGCCAGUGAGGCCAAGGGAAUGGUUUGCACUUCGUUUCCUUGGAUCCUUUGUUAACAAGAAAGGCACCAAUCUCAUCUGAAAGUAGCCCUUCUAGAACACUCAAGAAUUAAAAGUAAAAAUUCAGCAGUUGACUGAUUUCUCAAGUUUUCUAAUUGCAAAUGUUAGAUACCUGCAGUAUUGCUAAUAAAUGUAUCUCUCUUGUAACAA